AAACCUGGAGAGUCCUGGGUGCACCCCAGGGGGCGCGGCUGCUGAGAGGGGCCGCGGGCAGUGGGCGUCUGGAGUUCUAGACACCUGGGGCGGCGGGCGGGAGGUGCCUUGGCGGAGGGCACGGGGGCAGGAGCGGGUAGGGCAGGGAUCAUAGUGGCAGCAGGCUAGGGGCUGGUUGGCAGAGGGUGUCCAGGCAAGGGCAGAAGCCAGCAGCAACAGGCGGGGACGGCCUCACACACCUCCGCGCGAGACCAGACUAGGUCCCUGUCUCCUGAAGAUGCCCGUGGGCUCUGGGGCGCCCGCCUCGCCUGGAGCACCUGCGAGCACCUCGGACGGGGGCUCAUCGGGGCCCCUAGACUGCCCGCCUUCCCCGCUCCUGACUCGGGGGCCCCCGGAAUCCGCAGUCCCUGGACGGUUGGCGGUCCGCGCCAGCGUCCCGCAGAAGCUGGCGGAGACGCUGAGCAGCCAGUACGGGCUGAACGUGUUCGUGGCGGGGCUGCUGUUCCUGCUGGCCUGGGCGGUGCACGCCGCGGGCGUGGGCAAGCGGGACCUGCUCUGCUUCCUCACGGCGCUCAUGCUGCUGCAGCUGCUCUGGAUGCUGUGGUACGUGGGCCGCAGCUACGCGCAGCGCCGCCUCGUCCGCCCCAAGGACGCCCACGCUGGGGCGCGCUGGCUCCGUGGAAGCAUCUCGUUGUUCGCCAUCAUCACCGUCAUCCUGGGAUGCUUCAAAGUUGGCUACUUCAUUGGGUUUUCGGAAUGUCUACCAGCCAUGGAAGGAGUUUUUCCCGUCAUACAUGCGGUGCAUACUCUGCUGCAGGUGUACUUUCUUUGGGGACACGCAAAGGACAUCAUCCAGUCUUUCAAAACCCUGGAAAGGUUCGGGGUGAUACACUCUGUGUUCACCAACCUGCUUCUGUGGGCCAACAGUGUCCUGAACGAGUCCAAGCACCAGCUGAACGAGCACAAGGAGCGGCUGCUCACCCUGGGCUUCGGGAACAUCACCAUCGUCCUGGACGACCACACGCCGCACUGCAACUGCACGCCGCCGCGGCUCUGCUCGGCCGUGUCGCACGUCAUCUACUACCUGUACCCCUUCAACAUAGAGUACCAGAUCCUGGCCUCCACCACGCUCUACGUGCUCUGGAAGAACGUCGGCCGCCGGGUGGACGGCCCCGCGCGCCCCCGCAUGCAGCUGGGCGUCGGCAGGGUGCUGGCGGGCGCGGCGCUGGGCCUGGGCGUGCUGGCCGCCACCAUCGGGGUGGUGGUGGUGUACCUGGUCCACAUUGGGCGCUCCAGGACCAAGAGUGAGUCUGCGCUCAUCCUCUUCUACCUGUGGGCCACCGCCCUGCUGGCGCUCAUGGGCGCCGCGGGGCUGCUGGGGAUCUGGAUCUAUAGGACCGACGAGAAGCCCCACGGCGAGAAGCCCCUUGGCGAGUCCAAAAACCCGGCCCGCAAACUGGACGCCGACCUCCUGGUGGGCACGGCCUCGGGCUCCUGGCUCAUCUCCUGGGGCUCCAUCCUGGCCAUGCUCUGUGCCAGCACCCGGCCCCGGUACACCUGGUUCAACCUGCCCUACUCCAUCCUGGUGAUCGCCGAGAAGUACGUCCAGAACCUCUUCAUCAUCGAGUCUGUCCACCGGGAGCCCCCGCGGCCCUGCCAGGACGUCCGGAUGCUCCACGUGGUCACCGUCUGCAGCGGUGGCACCUCCCCGGCCUCUUCCUGCGCCCGGAGUGGAGCGGUGGCCGAGGCCGCCCAGGGCAGCGAGGCGCCAGGCGUGGUCAGCGGGAGUCUGCCGCAGCACCGUGGCAAGGAGGACGAGGAGCGGGGCGCGGAGGGGUCCCCGCGCCCAGCGGGCCCCGCGAGUUUCUUGCGGGGCGGCACCAGGAGAAGCGUCCUGCGGAACGUGGCCGCCUUCCUGUUCCUCUGCAACAUCUCGCUUUGGGUCCCUCCUGCCUUUGGCUGCCGCCCGGAGUACGACAACGGACUGGAGGAAGUGGUCUUCGGCUUUGAGCCCUGGAUAAUCGUGGUCAACCUGGCCAUGCCUUUCUCCAUCUUCUACCGAAUGCACGCGGCCGCUUCCCUCUUUGAGGUCUAUUGUAAGAUCUAGUCCAGUCCCCACGGGCUGCGGGAGCCAGCUGGCAGGGCAGCGCUCGGGGGCCACCUGGGACUGACCGCGGGGCUGGGCAAACAUCGCCUGCCAACCUGAGAAGGCGCCUUUGUCCCCCGCGAUUGAGUCCUGCAGGCAAACAAUCAGAUCAAAGCCCGCGAGGCGGCCGGAUCUGUCCUCGGUUAGUGAAUUCUAAUCAAACCCACAUCACUUCAUUUCCUUCUGAGUGAAACCCUCUUAGAAGAAUGUGAUCUUAGUUUGGGAAAAAAAAAAUUGUCAAAACAAAAUUCACAGUUGGUUUUUCAUAGAAAGCACUUCCUGCUUGUGAUUUAUCAUGUGAUCCCCUCCAGCCUUCUUACCGACCAUCUGAGAGCGACCACUUCAAUUCUAUCCUCAGAGCUGAAUGAAUGUAGCCACAGACACGUGGGGUUAAUACUUUAGUUUCUGAGUAGGUCUAAUUUUUGAAUGAAAUUACUUUUAUCAACUGAAAGGAAAUGUGUGUUUAGGUUACUAUACAGACACAUUCCUUACCUGAAAUUUUGUGAUCAUUUUGAAGUAUGUUUAAAAAUAAAAUUUACUCUUCCUUAUUCCACUACAAA